GCCGGGGGCGGGGCUCAGAGGCCCGGCGGCUGCGACGCGCUCCAGGCCAGCCUCCCCCGGCCAGACCCCGCGGCCCUCCUGAUGCUGCUGGUGGACGCCGACCGGCCGGAGCCGGUGCGCAGCGGGACGCGCGAGCUUGCGCUCUUCCUGACGCCCGAGCCAGGGGCUGAGGCAAAGGAGGUGGAGGAGACCAUCGAGGGGAUGCUUCUUAGACUGGAAGAGUUUUGCUGCCUGACUGACAUGAUCAGGAGUGACACUUCGCAGAUCUUGGAGGAAAACAUCCCACUCCUUAAGGCCAAAGUGACGGAAAUGAGUGGCAUCUAUGCCAAAGUGGACCGGCUAGAGGCCUUCGUCAAGAUGGUCGGGCACCACGUCUCCUUCCUGGAAGCCCACGUGCUGCAGGCUGAGCGGGACCACGGGACCUUCCCACAGGUGCUGUGCCGGUGGCUGGGCUCAGCCGGGCUGUCCUUCAGGAACGAUUUCCACACUGUGUCUGUGCACAUGCUCAUUCAACAUUCCUUGGGCACCUGCUGUGUGCAGAGCGCCAUGGUGGUGGAGCCGUGGCUGGCCCCUGCCCCCAUCCUGUCCUUAUGCACCUGA